ACCUCUUUAUUAUAUAUGAAAUUCAAUCCAAACGAAAUUUAAAUUGUUUUCAAUUACUCUCUGCAAUUGCGUGGAUUGCGCGGAGGAUAUUUGGUUUACACUUUUUUUUUUGGAGAAUAUUAACUUGUGUCCUUAAGAGCACAUGUUAAGAAGAUAAAUGUGGAAAAAAUUUAUUGAACUUGUGGUGUAUUCAAUUAUUUAAACAUUAAAUUCUUUAUAUCAUUAAAUACUAUAUUUCUAUUUUUAGGUAACUUAACAUGUGUCCUUAGUGUACAAGUUAACGUGACCUUUUUUUUAAGCGCAUGUGUGUCUGUCUCUAGUCUCUACUAUUUUACACAGUAAACAAUAAAAAACAAAGUACUCACUGGUCACCAUUAAUUCACUUGAAUUGGAUUCAAUGACUACUUUAUUUUCUUCAACCACUUGAUGUUGAUGAUAUUAGUUAUUUAUUGUGUUAGAAUAUGUUCUUCACUCAAACACCUUUAUGCUCUUGCUGGGUUUUGUAACACCACUUUUCCUCAUCUGGGUACCAAUCAAAAUGUAAUCUUUCUUCUAUUUCAAUGACUUUUUGGUGCUUUCAGAUUCUGGGUAUGAACAAGUUUUGAUCUUUAUUGUAAAAAAAUUGUUGGGUUGCUUGAAAUUUGAGUAAAAAAAAUGAAGCAGUUCAUGGUUUUGUAUCUUAUGAUUUGGAUUUGGGUAAUUUUCUUUUCUGGUAUUGUUUAUAGUGAAAAGCCUGAAAGUGUGAAUAUUGGAGCAGUUUUCACUUUUGAUUCUGUCAUAGGUAGAGUUGCAAAAGCAGCUAUGGAAAUGGCUGUUUCUGAUGUCAAUUCUGACCCAACAAUUCUUAAUGAGACUAAGCUCAACUUGAUAAUGAAAGAUGGUAUGUGUAAUGCUUUUCUGGGAUCAACUGGAGCUUUUCUGGUACUUGAGCAAGGGGUUGCAGCCAUAAUUGGGCCACAGUCAUCAGCCAUAGCUCAUUCGAUUUCUCAAAUAGCCGAUGCUGUCAAAGUUCCCCUUAUUUCAUAUGCUGCAACUGAUCCAACCCUAUCAUCCCUUCAGUUUCCUCUCUUUUUUCGCACCGUACAAAGUGACUCAGAGCAAAUGGUUGCAAUGGCCAAUUUAAUUGACUUUAAUGGAUGGAAAGAAGUCAUUGUUGUCUUCUUGGAUGACGACUAUGGAAGAAAUGGAGUAUCUGCUUUGAGUGAUGAACUCGAAAAUAGGAGAUUGAAAAUAGCUCACAAACUAGCUUUGAGUAUUCAUUUCGACCUAGAUGAAAUCACUAAGUUGCUCAAUCAAACCAAAGUGUUUAACCCUCGUGUUUUUGUUGUUCAUAUCAAUCCUGAUCCUAGAUUGAGGAUUUUUUCCAUUGCUCACAAACUUCAAAUGAUGACUAGUGAAUAUGUUUGGCUUGUCACAGAUUGGCUCGCUGCUACCCUACAUUCAUUUUCGCCAGCGAAUCAGAAAUCUCUUAGCGUUGUCGAAGGAGUUGUUGGUCUUCGUCAACACAUCCCGGAUUCUAGAAAAAAAAGAGAUUUUGUUUUUCGAUGGAAAAAAAUGCAAAAAGAAGGUGUAGCUAAUACUAGUUUGAAUUCCUAUGGAUUUUUUGCUUACGAUACAGUUUGGGCAGUUGCACAUUCAAUUGAUAAAUUUCUGAAAGUGCAUGACAAUAUUACCUUUUCGCUUCGUGACAACAAUAUGGUACCUCAUACAGAAGGAAUCGGUAUUCAGCUUGAGAAGCUCAAAAUCUUUGCCAAUGGAUCUGAUUUUGUUAACAUAUUAUCACUAUCAAAUUUUAGCGGCGUGAGUGGUCAAAUUCAGUUUAGUUCAGACAGAAAUGUCAUUAGUAGUGGUUAUGAUGUUAUCAAUAUCAAUCAGAUGAAAAUUAAGAGGGUUGGUUAUUGGUCUAAUCAUUCAGGAUUUUCAGUUGUUCCCCCCGAAGUUCUUGCGAAGAAGAAACAUCCAAGGGUUUCCGUAGAUCAGAAGCUUGAAAAUAUUACUUGGCUAGGUGGGAAAACAGAAAGACCGCGCGGCUGGGUGAUUGCGGAUAAUGCAAAGCCAUUGAGAAUUGGAGUGCCAAGGAGAGCGAGUUUCGUUGAAUUUGUAACUGAACUGCAAGAUAGUCAUAAGAUUCAAGGGUAUUGUAUCGAUAUCUUCAUGAAAGCCUUGGAAUUUAUUCCAUAUGAAAUUCCUUUUGUAUUUAAGCCUGUUGGGAAUGGUAAAGCAAAUCCAAAUUAUGAUGCACUCGUCAAAAAAAUUGACCAAAAUGUAUAUGAUGCAGUUGUUGGAGACAUUGCGAUUGUGACGAACCGAACAAAGAUUGCGGACUUUUCUCAACCUUUUGCAUCAUCUAGCCUUGUUAUAGUGGCUCCUAUCAACAGUUCAAAAUCAAAUGCCUGGGUAUUCCUCAAACCAUUCUCAGCAGAUAUGUGGUGUAUCAUUGGUGCAUCAUUUCUCAUGAUUGGAGUUGUUAUAUGGAUUCUUGAACACCGAGUCAACGAUGAAUUCCGUGGUCCUCCUAAGAGACAAGUUGUCACAAUAUUUAUGUUCAGUCUCUCAACACUUUUUAAGACAAAUAAUAAUACCGUAAGCUCGCUUUCUAAAAUGGUCUUGAUAGUAUGGCUUUUCCUACUGAUGGUGAUAACAGCUAGCUAUACAGCAAGCUUGACGUCAAUUCUCACAGUGGAACAACUUUCAUCGCCGAUCACAGGAAUCGAUAGCUUGAUUGCAAGUAACUGGCCUAUUGGAUACCAAGUAGGGUCGUUCGCUUACAGCUAUCUGACAGAUAAUCUUUAUGUAUCAAAAUCAAGACUUGUUUCCUUAGGCUCCCCUGAGGAAUAUGCGGUAGCACUUCGGAAUGGUCCGUCUGGUGGUGGCGUAGCAGCUAUCGUCGAUGAGCUUCCGUAUGUUGAAUUGUUUCUGUCAAAAGAAACUGAAUUCGGUAUUAUCGGUCAGCCAUUUACCAGAAGCAGUUGGGGAUUCGCUUUUCAAAGAGACUCGCCUCUUGCACUUGACAUGUCAACUGCAAUAUUGAAACUAGCCGAGAGUGGAGAGCUUCAAAAGAUACACGAGAGAUGGUUUUGCAAGAUGGGUUGUCCCGGCGAAAGGAAAAGCAACCCUAAACCAGACCAACUUCAUCUGAUCAGCUUUUGGGGUCUAUAUCUCUCGUGCGCUGUCAUCUCUGUUGUGGCACUUGUUUUGUUUCUGCUGCGAAUGAUUAGCCAAUAUGUUGGCUUCAAACAAAGGCAAAAGGACAUUGUUGCACCAUCCUCGGAACAAUCUAAAAGUCAUUGUUCCCGGGUUGUUGUUAACUUCUUUAACUUCAUCGAUGAAAAGGAAGAAGCUAUCAAGAAAAUGUUUACUCAAUGUGACAAUCCUCAUAACCCCCCCACCUGAGAAUUUUUAUAGUGACAAUAAUGAUAAUCAUGUAUAUACUAUUUUUAGAAGCACAAAUAUUCAUCUUGUAAUGUCCUCAUGUUAAAAUGGUUUGCUACAUUACUAUAAUCAAAUGUAACAUGUGAAAUUAUAGUUAAUGAAUAUCACCCCCAAAAAGAAGGUUCAAAGAA